GCGGCCAUUCCUUAAUGGGCGACGGACAGGUGUGUUAAGCGCAGAGUGUGUUUAUCGUCGCCCCACUCACUUGCUGCUGCCCCUGCAGCGCACUGGAACUUCAGUACGUGCCAGUGUACUUCUCAUCCCCUCCUUUGGAUAAUAUCCAGCCAGCCGCAGUAGUAGGCAGGUCUCCAGACGGCUCUGAGCAGCUCUUAGCUCGACUGCGCUGGAGCGCAUCGCUCGCAUCAAUGGAUCUGCGUAAAAGCGCUCAGAGUUCCCCCGUCAUGCUCGUUUUUUUAGGCCUACUUGUGAUUCAAAUUUGCCAGUCUAAGAACGACUGGGAGGUCCAAAGAUGUGACGGCUGGUACAACAAUUUAGGAUAUCCCAACCGCGGAGCCGUCGGUUCCCAUCUCAUGAGGCUCAUGCCCGCGCAUUACUCGGACGGUGUUGCCCAUCCAAUCCAGGAGCCGCAGCACCCAAACCCUCGACUCCUCAGCCGCGCUCUGACAGCUGGACCCUCCGGUCUGCCCUCAGCACGCAACCAAACCGUGCUCUCUGUUUUCUUUGGUUACCACUUGACGUUCGAGAUCUUUGAUUCCAGGAUGCCUGGAUGUCCCCCUGAGUUCAUGAACAUCGACAUUCCAAAGGGCGACCCGGUGUUCGAUCCCUCCAGUACCGGAGAGGUCAAGCUUCCCUUCCACAGAGGGCCGUGGGACAAGGACUCUGGCCAGAGUCCAAAUAAUCCCCGGGUUCAGGUGAACCUGGUGACAGCCUGGAUUGACGGCAGCUCCAUCUACGGGCCCUCCUCCUCUUGGUCUGACACCCUGCGGAAUUUCUCUGGGGGGCUCCUGACCUCGGGCCACCAGUGGAACAUGCCCCGGCAGGACGUUCACCUGCGCAUGUGGAGCGCCCCGGACCCCUCCACGGGCGACCAUGGUCCCGCCGGUCUUUACGAGUUUGGCAAUGCCUGGGCCAAUGAGAACCUGUUCACAGCCGCUGAGGGGAUUAUCUGGUUUCGUUACCACAAUUACCUGGCCGUCCGGCUGAAAAUGGAGCAGCCUGGAUGGUCAGAUGAAAAGCUGUUCCAGCACGCCAGGAAGACCGUGGUGGCCACACUCCAGAACAUCGCCCUGUAUGAGUGGCUCCCUGUGUACCUCGGCAACAGGACUCUUCCGCUGUAUCCAGGUUAUCAGAAGUUUGUUGACCCAGGGAUUUCCCCUGAGUUUGAAGUGGCUGCCAUCCGCCUUGGCAUCACGGCGGUCCCACCUGGCGUCUACAUGAGGAACAGAACCUGCCAUUUCCGGGAGGUGGUGAAUGCCGACGGGAGCCUCUCCCCUGCACUGCGUCUGUGUAACAGCUUCUGGAAGCGUGAGAGUGUGAACAUGAGGACCGGUCAGGACGUGGACGACCUUGUCAUGGGCAUGGCCUCGCAGAUCGCAGAGAGGACCGACAAUGUGGUCGUGGAAGACCUGAGAGACUACAUGUAUGGUCCCCUUAGGUUCUCCCGCUCGGACCUGGUGGCUCUGACCAUCCAGAGGGGGCGGGACUUCGGCAUCCCAACCUACAGCGAGGUGAGGCAGGCCCUGGAUCUGCCUGCCAUCAUGACGUUCGGUGAGAUCAACCCAGAGCUGAACCGCAGCAACCCCCAGUUGUUCCGGGAUGUUGCAGAGCUGUACGACGGAGACGUCUCCAAACUGGAGCUCUUCCCCGGAGGCCUGCUGGAAGCUCUCCACGGCCCGGGGGCAGUGUUCUCCAGGGUCGUCCUGGAUCAGUUUGAGCGCAUCCGAAAUGGAGACCGCUUCUGGUUCGAGAACAGGCAGAAUGGUUUGUUCACCCCCAGCGAGAUCCAGGCACUCCGCAAGGUGACGUACCAUGAUGUCCUGGUGGCCGUCACCGGGGCAGAGGCCGGCGACGUGCAGGAACACGUCUUCCUAUGGAUGGACGGUGACCCGUGUGCUCAGCCAGCACAAGUCAAUGCUUCAGGGCUUCACCCUUGCACCCCAUUCACCACACUCAACUACUUUGACGGGAGCAAAGCUGGUUUCGGCAUCUUCGUUGUGUGCUUGUUCCUGUUCCCAGUGGUGAGCCUUAUUGUGGCUUGUAUGGUGGCGUAUAUCCGUAAGGCCAGGUACAAAAGGUUUAAGAAGAGAAGAAUGGCAGUGAGGGGAACAGAAGAGCCUGCUUCUGGGAUCAUGGCCUACGAGUGGUGCGGUCAUAAGAAGCCCCUGCAGUCCGUCAGUGUGGAGGUCAACGAGAAGAGGAGGGUGCAGGUGUUUGACCACGCUGGCUCGGUCCUCCGCAGCCUCAACCUUGGUAGCCAGACCAGCCUGAAGAUUCUUCUCUCCAAUGACCACCAGCAGAAAGUACUGCUGCUCAAAGUACCCAAAGAGUACGACCUGGUGUUGUUCUUUGAAGACGAAAGCAAGCGAGCAGAGCUGGUGAGGCAGCUGAACCCCGAGGCGGAGGGGUCGGGCCAGCAGAUCGCCGUGACGCAGAUGAGAGAGAAGGACAUCCUGGGCGAGGCGCUGACCAGGGAACAGCGGGCUCAGAUCGUGGAAACAUUCAUCCGCCAUGCGUUCUCCGAGGUGCUGGAGAUAGAGAAGAGAGACGCGGGGGACAUGAGCGGCACGGCCCGCCAUAAGACCCGGCAGGUCCUGCAGUGUGAGCUGGCGGCCACCGAGCUGGCCGACGCUCUGGGCCUCAAGCCAGACUCCCUGUUUGUGGACUCCAUGUUCACGCUGGCCGAUAAAGAUGGCAACGGAUAUCUGUCCUUCCAAGAGUUCCUGGAUGUCAUCGUUAUCUUCAUGAAGGGCUCCCCAGAGGAAAAGUCCAAGCUGAUGUUCUCCAUGCAUGACAUCGCUGGCAAUGGUUUCUUAUCCAAGGAGGACUUCACAAGGAUGCUCAGGUCGUUCAUUGAAAUCUCAAAUGGCGCUCUGUCUAAGAGCCAGGCGGACGAGGGGAUACUGGCCAUGCUGAAGACGGCUGGCUUCGAAGACAAGGAGCUAAUCACCUGGGAGGACUUUCAUUUCCUCCUGCGGGACCACGAGAAAGAUCUGCAGUUCUCCGAGCUCAAUGUCAAAGGAAUGGAGCAGCAGGGGAAGAAGAGGUUCAGUCGAGAACAACGUGUCUCCUUCAUCUGCCCGACCAACAGCACCAACGAGACGGCGAGACAGGAGCUACGCAGGCGGCAGAGGAAGAAGUCGUCCCUGGCGUCCCCUAAGGUCUACGUGAAGCCGAGGCGAGAUCACUAUGAGCGAAACCCCAUCCAGCAGAAGAUCCAGGAGUUCAAGCGCUUUGUGGAGAACUACCGCCGCCACAUCGUUUGUUUCCUCGUGGUCUACGGUAUCGUGGCCGGUGUGAUCAUCGAGAGAUGCUACCACUACGCUCUGCAGGCCGACGCGUCUGGUGUCCCGGAGACCUCGAUGGUGGGGAUCAUCGUGUCGCGGGGCUCCGCCGCCGCCAUAUCCUUCCUGUUCCCCUACAUGCUGCUCACCGUGUGCCGCAACCUCAUCACACUGCUGCGGGAGACCUUCCUCAAUCGCUACAUCCCCUUCGACGCCGCCAUCGACUUCCACCGCUUCAUGGCCAUGAUAGCCAUCCUGAUGUCAGUUAUUCACAGCCUGGGUCACGUGGUCAACCUCUACAUCUUCUCCAUCAGUGACCUCAACAUCCUCGCCUGCCUCUUCCCCAAGGUGUUGCCCAACAAUGGAUCUGAACUUCCGCUAAAGUGGUACUACUGGUUCUUUCAAACGGUGCCAGGCAUGACUGGCGUCCUGCUGCUCUUCGUGCUGGCCUUCAUGUACGUGUUCGCCUCCCAUGUCUUCCGUCGCAUAAGCUUCCGUGGAUUCUGGAUCACACAUUACCUCUACGUUGUGGUGUACCUUCUUACGGUGGUCCACGGCAGCUUCGCCCUGCUACAAUCACCCCGCUUCUACAUCUAUCUGAUCCCCCCGGCACUCAUCUUCCUCCUGGACAAGCUGAUCAGCCUGAGCAGGAAGAAGGUGGAGAUCCCCGUCCUCAGGGCGGAGCUGCUGCCCUCAGGGGUCACCCACCUGGAGUUCAAGCGGCCCCAGGGCUUUGUGUACCGCUCGGGCCAGUGGGUCCGCAUCGCCUGCCUGAUGCUGGGCACCGACGAGUACCACCCCUUCACCCUGACCUCGGCCCCCCACGAGGAGAACCUCAGCCUGCACAUCCGCGCCGUGGGGCCCUGGACCAGCCACUUGCGGGAGCUCUACACGGAGGACCGCCUGGUGGAGCUGGGCUUCCACCCCAAGCUCUACCUGGACGGGCCCUUCGGGGAGGGCCACCAGGAGUGGAUCGACUUCGAUGUGUCUGUCCUGGUGGGCGGGGGCAUCGGGGUCACCCCGUUCGCCUCCAUCCUGAAGGACCUGGUGGUCAAGUCCUCCAACAAGGCCAAGAUCCAGUGUAAAAAGGUUUACUUCAUCUGGGUGACGCGGACCCAGCGGCAGUUUGAGUGGGUGUCUGACAUCGUACGCGAGGUGGAGGAGAUGGACACCCUGGAGUUGGUGUCGGUCCACAUCUACAUCACCCAGCUGGCCCAGAAGUUUGACCUGCGCACCACCAUGCUGUAUGUGACCGAGCGCCACUUCCAGAAGGUGUGGAACCGGAGUCUGUUCACAGGCCUGCGCUCCAUCACCCACUUCGGCCGCCCGCCCUUUGUGGCGUUUUUAAGCUCCUUGCAAGAGGUGCACCCAGAGGUUCAUAAAAUGGGCGUGUUCAGCUGUGGACCUCCGGGACUGACCAAGAACGUGGAAAAGGCCUGCCAGCAGAUGAACAAGAAGGACCAGGCCCACUUUGUCCAUCACUACGAGAAUUUCUAACCCCAGCGCCUGGCUCACCAGAGAGUCGGAGAUGGAGAGAGGGAGUCCAAGUUAGAGUAGAAACAAAUGCAGCGUUUACAAUGGAAGAUAAGCUGAUGUUCAAGAUUGUGGGUUUGCAAGUUGAAAUUCCCAUUAUUUCUCAAAGCUUUACGUCGCUUUCUCAGUGCCUUAUCCACAUUGAUCUGUAAUGUACAUCUUUCAUAUAACUAUUUUCUGGAAUUUUAACAUAGUGGUGUGCUGUUUAAACCAUGGAAAUAAGAGCGACUAAAUAAAGUGCCUUUUACAUGAACUGAAAUGAGUUGGAGGAGUUUGUAC